CCCAUACUAAUCCUGUGCAUAACACCUAUUGAUAACUGAAUGUACUUUUAAAGGUACCCCUACAGAGCAUACCCAGAAUGUCUCCUGGAUUAAAGUCCCUCUGACACCAGCCAUAAGUCACCGCCUUAGAAAACACUGCGUGUGCUUGCAUGGCAUGAAACAUGGUGACUUUUGCCCAUGAGCUUGGACUAUUGCAGCAGAAAUGUGUACCAAGAUAGUCUGUGAUGCUGUAAAAAUGAGAGUAGCAGGCAGUGACCAUCUGAUCACCGGUAGAUGGUAAAAGCUUGUGUAACAUUAAAUAUGGCUGUCUCGAGCUUGUUAACCUUUUGUUUCCUCAUGCAUCUUCUCCAUGGCCCUCGUCGGUAUAACUACAUCUGUAGCUGCACUGCAAUAGGGCACAGAUUCUGGGCAGGUGGUAGAAAAUGGAGCUUCUGCAGGGAAAUUCCUAUCGUAGUAAAGAGCAGGAUGUUGGGUUUUUUAAUACUUCUUCUCUACACAUUUGCUGUUAAAACAGAAGAAAGCAGUAGAAGUGGCAUCCUAAGUUUUCUGGUCUAAAAGGCUCAGAGUCUUUGGCAAAGGAACUAGGGCUGGUUUUCUUCCUCACUCAGGUCACAGACUGACCUACUCAGAAGGUGAACGGGGUUGCCCUCAAACAGUGUGUUGCUGUAGAAGUUGGUACAUGCGCAUGGUGGAAGAGCUGAGUACCAUCAGCAGGAGAAGACACUAAGGAAAUGGAAUUGAGCAUCAACCAGUUGGUCUCUGCCUCAUGCUCCUGCGUGGUGUUAGGUGAGUCAGUGCACUCAGACCUGUGCUUUUCCAUUUCUAGAUGCCCCAUUUUGAGCCCUCAUGUAUGAUGGAGAGAGAUGCUGAGCACUCUGCUGAGCAAUAUCAUCACACACACAAGUCAGAGGGAACUGAAUUCAUGCUUCACAAGCUCCUCAAGUUUGCUUUCCCUUGCUACCGAGUGCUUGACUGUGUAGUCAUCAUAAAGCUCUUUCACUAUGAAGUGAAUGCAAAUGUGGAAGAAAGGAAAAAAAGAAACACACAAUUAUGAAGAAUAAUAAAGAAGAGCACUAGUCAGAAAAGUCAAGACAAUGGUAAGAGAAGUGGGUGGGGACAGGGGAAUAUAAAAUGGAACUGGGAAGAUCCAUAUAGUCUUUGUCCAUCCUUUACCCUCCACCUAAGUCAGCAGUGAAAUGGACUCGUGAUAUUUCAGAAAGAGGAUCCUAGAUGACAAAGGACAGAAGAAAGGGAAGUGUCCUUCACUUGCAUUCUGGUCCCAGGAGCGUGGGGGGCUCUCACAAAGUGCAGGGAAAGGAGGACGGACCUGCAGUUCUGGGAGAAUGGGAGAAGUUGUGCGGAUGGUGGUGUUUGUGAUGGCUUUCAUCAGCUGCAAUGCCCUCCUGGAUCUGUCUGGUGUCCAAGAGAUCAAGGGCACAUGGAUGAGAUCCACCACUUUACCGUGUACCUACAUGCCCUCAGAGGGUUUCACACAGCAAACGCUCAUCUGGAGCAUGGAGCGAGACUAUGGCACCUCUACCAUCUUUCGGAGGGACGAUUCUGGUGACCAUGUCUUGUUGUCUCAGUUCCGAGACCGGGUCAGCGUCCCAAAGCACAGCCCAGGGGACGCCUCACUCCUAAUCGAGAACCUUGAAAUCCCCGACAGUGGACACUACACCUGUCAAGUCAUCUGGAGGUCUAAAAAUAACAGCUUGAUAACAAAGGAGGUGACCACUACGGUUAAAGUUGUCAAAGUUGCAGCAACCAAGCCCGUCAUCAGGGCCAGCGAGCCGGGGCUGACUUUCCCGGCAGGAGCCAGGGCCAGCCUGACCUGUGUGGCCAACGGGUCCCCCCCCAUCAGCUACCGCUGGUUCAGGAGUGUCCCGGGAGGGAAAGCCCUGCUCCUGAGCAGCCAGGCCGAGCUGGCGUGGGACAGCCUGCAGCCCUCCGACACCGGGAAGUACUACUGUGAGGCUGAAAACAGGGUUGGGGCCGGGGCUGUGCAGCAGAGCGACGCCGUUCAGCUGACGGUGAGAGAGUCCCCAGUCACACAGCAGCCCAGCCCGGGGACCAGCAGGCACACCAGACCCCCAUUCACCCCCCGAGGCGGUGCGCCCCAGCGAGUGCCCACAGAUGCGCCCGCCGCGAAGCAGGCCGCCGGGAGGGAUGCCGUUUCGGAGGGGCCGCCGGUUGCCACAGGUCCCCCGCCCGCCGCGCCGCCCCCAUCCCUCUACGCGCUGGCGGCCGCGCUGGGCGGGGCCGCGCUCGUGGCGCUCCCGGCCGCGCUGCUGCGCCGACGGCGGAACCGGGAGGAACCUCUCUAUGAAGUCACUUUCCAUAGCACUGCAGAUGUCACAAGACCGGAGACUGAUGUGGAAGUCCCUGUUAAGCACCUACACAAGGAGACAAAUUCUAAGACUGAAACAUCCAAUGACACUUUCACCAUGAAAGUCAACGGCCAUGACAGCAUAUGCAUCAGGAAAAAUCCUGAGUAUGAGAACCUGGUGAAUGCAAUGGAAUCAGAAUAUGAACGCACUUAGUAAAGUACCAGCUUUUCCACAUGAGCAGCCAUGCAGAGCUGCAGAUAUUGGAUGGUAAACUUUACCAGAGGAAACUCUUCUUCCUGUCUGCCUUCUGCUCUGAUAAAUAUACCAGCCUCACUGCUUUCUUUAAUGCAGAGGAACUGCAUAAUCUUCUUGGGCUUUGGCAAAUGAGGGCCUGCCCAUUGGUGCAGAAACUCUCAGCCAAGUGGUCAUCUACCUACUUCUAUAGAGCAAAUAAUUUCUGAGCAGCCUGAAGGACCAAAGUGAAGAAGAGAGGAUCUGAAGGAGUGGAAGCACAAAUGCCUUUAGCAUGCAAAUCAAGGUGUAGCUGGGUGCAAUGCUGCUAGCCUGUAACACUGGCAAGGUGUACUAGCACGUGCAUGCUCCUCUGUUAGGGCAUCCCAGACUGCGAGGAGCCAGGGAUCGAUCGUGCUGGAAACGGGCAACCUCUGGCUUUUGCAGCUCAACAAAUACUGCUUGUACAUCCUGCUUGUCCUUGAGUCUUUUUUGUUAGAGCAUGGCAAAGGGACCGCAAAGCGGGGUGGGGGUGAUGUCCCAGGAAUGUCAUUUUUGCUAUCACACUGGAGCUCAUUGCUUAGAGAAAGAAGGAAUGGCCCUGUAGGUGUUGAGCCUCCUAACUGCCACCCUCUGGUUUUCUCCUGGAAAAGCAGAACCGGUGUUGAAGGAAAUGCUAGCAUUUUAUUUUUACAGGGUAGGGGCCAGAGGUGUAACAAAACAGAGAGAAGUUUGAGGCAUUUGGAAUAAUGAUUGAGCAAGGAGCCUCCCUGGAUGCUACAGACUAACACUGAUUCACUGUGUGGGACACCAGUCAAUCUGUCUGAUUACAACAGAGAUAUUAAUGCUGACCUAUGUCACGGGGAUGCUGUGAGUGGUGGUGUUUGUAAAAUGCCUUGAAAACUGCUUUAUUAGCACAAUGUAUUUUCUUUCCCAGGGCAAAUACAAAAGGAUUCAAAGGA